CAUAACAUAACUACCCUUCCCACGAACCUUCUGCGACUGUGCAAAACCAGAGUUCCGGAACAGAGAACUACGAUUUCCGACUCGCAUGAUAACUGCGGCGGCGCUAUUCAAGAAGCGUCAGCAAGAAGCAGCCUGGCCACGCCCCUCUCUUCCAGUUCCGCUGUUUCAGAUAAGCGGCGAGAAGCGGGGCGGAGCCUUAGGCCCGAGCCAAGAUGGCGGCUGCGAAACCAACCCUCACGGACUCGCUCUCGUUUUGCCUCGCGCAGCUCACGGCGGCAGCAGGGGAGGGUCCGGGUGGGGGAAAGGACCCAGCUAGCAACGAGACACCCCUGGGCCGCGCGCUCUUAGCUCUCCGCACGCGCCACAUCAAGGCAGCGGGGGGAAUCGAGCGCUUCCGGGCACGCGGCGGGCUCCGCCCCCUUCUCGCGCUGCUACGGAGAGCGGCUGCAGCGGACCCCGCCCCGUCCCAGGCAGGUUCUGGCUCCGCCCCCUCGGUUGCGUCAGCUGCUUCAGGUCCCUCUCCAUCCUCUGACUCCACCCACUCUGCUGGGUCGCCGUCGACGCCUUCGCCGCCAGUGCGCCUGCGCAAGACGCUGGAUUUGGCGCUCAGCAUCCUAGCCAACUGCUGUACGGAAGGGGCGUGCCGGGCUGAAGUGCGCAGGCUCGGAGGCAUUCUUCCUUUGGUGACCAUUCUUCAGUGUGUAAAGACAGACAGCAUCCAGAACCGAACAGCCCGUGCUCUGGGAAACUUAGCCAUGGAACCUGAGAGCUGUGGGGAUAUCCACUCUGCUGGUGCUGUUCCUUUGCUUGUUGAGAGCCUGACAGCUUGCCAGGACUCCCAGUGCCUGCAGAGCGUGGUGCGUGCCCUCCGCAACCUGGCAGACUCACCCCAGCACCGCCUGGCCUUGGCACAGCAGGGAGCAGUGCGCCCACUGGCUGAGCUCCUGGCUGCUGCCCCAGACCCAGCUCUGACCUCAGCCCUUGUCCGUGCCCUCCUGGAACUCAGCCGAGGCUGUUCCCGGGCCUGUGCUGAGCAGCUAAGUCUGGGUGGGGGACUAGGCCCACUUGUCAGCCUAACUUCUCACCCCAAACGGGCAGUACGUGAGGCAACCAUCCUGAUCCUUGCCAACCUGUGUGCCCAGGGCCUGGUACGGCCUGCACUAGGCAAUGCUGGUGGUGUGGAGGUAUUACUAGGUGAACUCCGGCGGCGUCGGGGCCCCAAUGGAGCCAGCUCAGCUUCCCAGCAGCCCUUGGUGCGGGCUGUGUGCCUUCUGUGCCGGGAAGCUAUCAACCGGGCCCGGCUACGGGAUGCUGGUGGCUUAGAGCUGCUCAUGGGCCUACUUCGGGACCCUCGUGCCAGUGCCUGGCAUCCACGUGUUGUAGCUGCUCUUGUGGGCUUUCUUUAUGAUACUGGGGCUCUGGGAAGGCUACAGGCUCUGGGACUUGUACCUCUCCUGGCUGGGCAGCUGUGUGGAGAGGCUGGUGAUGAGGAAGAGGAGGGAAGAGAAGCUGCUUCUUGGGACUUCCCUGAGGAACGGACCCCUGAGCGGGCUGAGGCUGGAAGCUUCCGAAGCCUCAGGUCAUGGCUGAUCUCUGAGGGCUAUGCUGCAGGCCCUGGAGACAUUUCUCCAGACUGGUCUCCUGAGCGUUGUCCAUUGCCAGAGCCAGCGGAGCCAGUCAGUCCCACCCCUGGCCAGACCUCGCUACAGACACCACGUACACUGCGCACACAGGGUCGCAGCCCUGCUGCUUCUGCUGCAGAGGAGCCUUGGGGACGUGAGGGGCCAGCACUACUGCUGUUGUCACGCUUCUCUCAGGCUCCUGAUCCAAGUGGUGCGCUUGUGACCGGUCCGGCACUGUGUGGCUUGCUGGCCUAUGUGACUGGUGCACCAGGCCCACCAAGCCCACGUGCACUACGCAUCCUGGCACGUCUCACCUGCAACCCUGCCUGUCUUGAGGCCUUCGUGCGCAGCUAUGGUGCAGCACUGCUGCGAGCUUGGCUAGUGCUUGGUGUUGCGCCAGACGAUUGGCCUGCACCACGUGCCCGGCCUGCACUCCGAAGCCAGCACCGGGAACUGGGUGAGAUGCUGCUUCAAAACCUGACAGUACAGGCUGAAUCACCCUUUGGAGUUGGUGCCCUCACUCACCUGCUGCUGUCUGGGAGCUCUGAGGAACGUGUAGCCUGUGCACUGACACUGCCAUUCAUCUGUCGGAAGCCCUCUCUGUGGCGCCGGCUACUUCUGGACCAGGGUGGCCUCCGUCUCCUCCUCACAGCACUUACUCGGCCAGCUCCACAUCCACUCUUCCUCUUCUUUGCUGCGGACUCCCUUUCCUGUCUCCAGGGCCUGGUGUCUCCCACUGUGAGCCCAGCCUUUCCACCUGCAGUUCCCUUGGAUCUAGAUCCACCUUCCCCUUGCCUCUAUGAACCUAUGCUGGGCCCAGCCCCAGUCCCAGCUCCUGACUUGCACUUCCUACUGGACUCAGGCCUACAGCUCCCUGCUCAGAGAGCUGCCUCAGCUAUGGCCUCCCCUUUCUUCCGGGCUCUGCUAUCUGGCAGCUUUGCUGAAGCCCAAAUGAACCUGGUGCCACUGCGAGGGCUGUCACCAAGUGCAGCCUGGCCUAUCCUGCAUCACUUGCAUGGCUGCCGGGGCUGCGGGGCUGCCCUGGGACCUGUGCCCCCACCAGGCCAGCCCCUGCUGGGCUCAGAGGCUGAGGAGGCACUGGAGGCUGCUGGCAGAUUCUUGCUGCCUGGGCUGGAGGAGGAACUGGAAGAGGCUGUGGGCCGUAUCCAUCUGGGUCCCCAGGGUGGCCCAGAAUCAGUGGGUGAGGUAUUCCGCCUGGGCCGGCCCCGGCUGGCUGCCCACUGUGCACGUUGGACACUGGGGCCAGGGCAGUGCCCAAGAAAGCGGGCCCUGGCCCUUGUGGGGCUUGUGGAGGCAGCAGGUGAGGAAGCAGGGCUCUUGACUGAGGCCUUACUAGCUGUGGUGAUGGGGAUUGAGUCAGAUGGCAAGAGACCCAGCCUAGACUGUUGAUGUCUCUUGGGAGAGAACCCAAAGAUGAAUUGGCUGUGCAGGAGGCCUCCCUCAGAGUGUCAUGAGAGGAGCCUGAGCAGAGUUAUCAUCGAGGACUGAAGAGAGGAUGGAGCUGGGCCUCAGGAUGGUCUGAAGAUUGCGGAGUGAGAAGUCAAGGCCAGGGUCUGGGCAUGGGGCCCAGAAGAAGGAGAACAGCCCAGGGCCUGAGGCACCUGACUUGGCCCAGCCCUAUGGAGUUGAGAUUAAAAUUUUCCAAUUGGA